CGUUCCUUCUAACCUCUGGCAAAAAAUCUUACAAUUUAUUACUGAAAAAUAUUGAUAAUUAAAAUUUUUUAUUAAAUUCUACUCGGAUAAAAUUUAAAAAAUAAAUAAAUUUAAAAAAUUUGGAGUUAAAUUUUCUUAUAAAUAAAAUUUUUCUUACGAAGAAAAAGCUCCAUUGUUUCUAGAACAAUGAAGGGCAAAUAGUGUCGCAAUUUGUUGGUAGAAAAAAAUCAAAGGGAGUUUUUUAGAAAAUUGAAAUAAAAAAAUUUUGAUUUUAAACUUAAGUAAAAAUGGAUAAUUUAGUUAAAAAUAUUGAAAAUAUGGAAAUUACAAAUAACGAAGAAUUAAUAUUAAAUAAAAUAAUAAUAAAUUUAGAAAAUUUAAUAAAUAAUUCAUUAGUACCGGAAAAAAUAAUCGGAUUUGAGCGACCGUGUGACCGAAAUGAUUUUAGAAAUUUUGAAAAUUUAAUAAAUAAUUAUUUGAAUGAAAUAUUGAUCGAAUUAAAUAAUUUGAAAAAUUAUAAUAUCGAUAAAAAAUUAUUAAUUAUUGAUAACGUUGAUUUAAGAAUUAUUUUGUUAAAAUUAGUAAUAAUUAUUGGGGAAGAAAGUGAAUUAAAUGUGUGGAAUAAUUCAAUUACAUUAGAACUAUCAAAUAAAUUAUUGAUUGAAGUUUGCUGGUUUUUCGGUGUCGAAAAAAUUUCAGAUAUUUUUAUUAAUAAUGAUUUUGACGAUAGAUUACGUGAUAUUAUAUUAUUAUUAAGACCUAAGUUAUUAAAAAACACAUGGAAAAGUAAUCCUGCAAGUGUUACUUGUUACAAAUGGGUUUUGCAUCAAGUUGAGAUGCCUGGACUGCUUAAAUAUUUAACAGAAGUAUUACCAACAGCUUUAAUCGUAUACGACGAUUAUGUGCCAGAAAAUCGUAUAACUGGAUUAAUUUGUAUUAGAAAAAUACUUGAGCAUUCAUCUCUGCAAAAUGAAUUUCUAAGGAGUGGUUACGCAGAUGUACUUUACGACGCACUAGAAAAAUUAACUCACGAACGUGAAGUUAAAUAUAUAAUUCCACUUUAUAAUUGCAUUACAUUAAUAUUAAUAAACAUUGAAUCAGCAAAUAAUACAAUAAAUCCUUAUGAGUGGACAAAACGAGAUGACAUCCUGGCAACUUUAUUAAACAAUAUGGAGUUAGAAAAUAAUUUAGAACUACGUCAUGCUUAUAUCACAAGUUUACCACAAUUACUAACGAAUAUCGGUUGUGCUAAAUGGUGUGAACGUUUAAUUAGAAUAUUAUCUGAGUACUGUGGCCAUCAUACCGAUUUAAAAACACUGAAAGCAACUUUACAGUUUGCAGAAAUAGUAUUAUCGAUGUUCCAUGUACGGAUUCCCGCGCAUUGUUUAAUAUUAUACACAGCAUUUUUGAAAUUACACUACGACUUGACAGAGACUCCAAUUUUUGAUGAAGAAAUAAUACGAAGCUUAGAACGAUGUAUCUAUUUACUGUACAAAGUAACUCCGAACAUCGGGUCGGCGAUUAUAAGAGACGACCGGAUGAGAAUAAUUAUUAAAAAUAGUAUUCAUACAAGCUGUUUUAGUGAUACUAAGUACUGCAAUUAAUUAUUUAUUAAUCACUUAUAUAUUAAUAUUAAUAUUAUUAUUAUUAUUAUUAUUAUUACUAUUAGGUAUAUAAGUAAUUAUAGUAUUAUAGUCAUUACGAUUAUCUAAUAAAAUGUGAUUUAUCAUGUAAUGCCAUAUUUAUUAUUAAAGUUUAUUAAACUUAUUAUUAAACUUCAA